GGUAGUACGAUUCAGUUCUAGUCCUAUAGUAAAAGCAUCAUGAUCAAACCGCGCAAGAUGUUUCGGUUCACUAGUUGUUUACUGGGAUCUUUUAUAAUAUUGUUUUCUAUAACCAAUAUGGAAGCUAUUCGUUUUCACUUCCCAUCGCCUCAAUUUGAAUUUUUUCAUCCGAGAGGUUUAACGAUUUGGUAUCCCGAACUUCAAGGGGUUGUUGGAUUUGACAUCAAGAUUUAUUUGAAUAAACCAUAUCUGCAUGAGUAUACGCUGUAUGACAUGUACCUUAAUACAUCUACUGUUUCCUACGGGAAAUUUAUCGUAAAUGACGAUGAUGCUUUUAUUAGACUCGGUGAUAACCUUAGAUACGAAGUAAACUUGCAGUAUAGUGAUGGAAAUAAGUAUAGAAUAAGAAGAUGGUUUACUGUUAAAGAAAAUCCCAUUUUUCGCUUGAAGGUACCACCGAAAAAUCGUAGAAAUGACACCAAGGAAGGAAAAGUUAAUCAGUUGAAAGAAGAAAUUAAUCAACUGGAAGGCAUUGUGGAUGACCUGAUCAAAUGCAGCGGCAAUGGCUCAGAAGUAAGCAACAAUCUGUUCUUGAAUUUUCGCCCAGCAUCCGUAAUCCUCGAUUCGAAACAAUUACUCGAUCAUACGCUGGAUGUGCUCCAGAAAGAAAUGCCAAAAGUUAACUGGAAAUUCAUGUUGACUAGAGCAUUCUACUACAAUAACGGGGUAGGAUUUGAAGUUAAGACUAUGCUGGACAAGCUUAAGAUCCUGCAAAUGUUCAAAACGUCUGUCAAGUUAACAAUUACCGAUUUGGACAAAAUAGACAAGGUAGGAUAUUUUGAUGAUGAUUACGAUGAAGACAGCCCAUUCAUGCUUCAUCGUUUUGGUAAACCAGAAGAUACUUAAGAAGUUUCAUGGCCGAAAAAAGUAUGUUCAUUGGUUUGUAUAAAAUUAGUCAUAAGAUAGUUUACAAAUAAAGGCUAAUCAACAAUGUUAUUUUUUCUACCCUUAA